AUGCCUCCUUUACAGCAAAACCAGAAAGUUGAGAAACGACAAGCUCGCAGGCAAGAUCCUAUUCAAAAAAACUCUUCGAGGAGAACACAAAAUAAACAAGAGCAACCUGUACACUCACACAUGGGUACAGAACGACCUCCUCCUUAUUCAACACUGUCAGAACAACCUCCCCUUUCACAUAUGGAGAUUCAACUACCUUAUUCAACGUUACCUACCCAUGUCGUUAUGACCGCUGAUCAACGAUCUCAGUCUGAUAUCGCUUGGUAUAGCUCUGGUCCUACUGAGUUAAUGAAGCAAACGGAUCCUCGACCGUCUUGGUCGAGUCAAAAUCCUCAUUAUAAUAUACGAUAUGAUUGGCCACAGCAUUCGAUGCAUUCACAAUCUACAUGGCUUCAUCGUCCUUCUAGAUAUUUAAACAUUCAAAAUAAUGAUUGGCGUCCACGUUCGCAAAAUGAUGAUAAGGCUUCUCCGUGGCCAGUUGAUAAUUGGGAAUUACGUCCAUCUAAUGUCCCUGCUAAUAAUCAAUCUAACAAAUCAGAUCUCGUCUCUUCAUCUAAGAGUAAAGAUUGGAAAAGUGAGGAUAGGUCAUCUCCUUGGGGACAGGCUGAAAAUUGGGAAUUGAGAUCAUCUAAUGUCUCCAGUUCUAUUCAAUCGGAUUUAUCUACUCAUCAAAAUAACGAUUGGAGGCCGCAUUCACAAAAUGUUAAUAGGUCUUCUCAUUGGCAACCUGUAAAAAACUGGGAAUUACAACCACCACCUAAUAUCUCUGGUCCUCCAUUAUCAGAUAUGAUCGUACCAUUUCAAAAUAAGGAUUGGCAAUCACAUCCGCAAAAUGUUAAUGGUUCUUCUCCGUGGCAACAGGUCAAAACCAUGCAAUUUCAACAACCGUCAAAUCUAAAUUUAGUUCAAGGUGACGAUUGGCGUUCAUAUUCACCAAAUGAUGAUAUACCCUCCCCCUGGAAACCAGCCGAAGGCCUGGAAGUAAGAUCAUUAAAUGUUACUGGUUCUAUUCAAUCUAAACAAUCCGAUAUUGUUACACCUUCUAAAAGAAAGUCUGGUCAGAAAAGUGUUUCAAAAAUAGUAAAAAAGCCUAAUAUCCGAAAAGAGUUAAAUAUUUUAAAAUUCCCAAAAACAUCUGUUUCGAAAAAGCCUAAUGCAGAUGAUACUUCCCAUGGAGGUGAUGAUAAAACUAAUGGUGAUAAUAUACAGGUAUUCCUUUCUGUUGAAGAACAAGUUUUUACAUCUAGUGGAACCUUGACAGCUUCUGAUGAUACGUCAUCUUCGAGUUUUUCUGUUUCUGAUCAAACUGAAUCUGAGUUGGUAAUGCAACCAAAAAAGGACGAUUCAUCUAAUGAUAAUUCUUUGUCAAUGUUGACUCCUCCUUUAUCACAAACCGAUGGAAAGCAACCCGAUUUUAUAGUAUCACAAACAGAAGAGUCUUUACAAAAUGAUUUAGAUAUGUUGCUAAAGAAGAAAUAG